CUUGUGAGUUUUGUUUACAUUGGAUAUAUCGACUUGCUUCUUAUUUUUUCAUUUAUUUAAAGUUUUUGAAACAAAUGGCGAAUCGAGAUGUAUUCUCCAAAGUAUUGCCCAACAUAAAGUUAUCAACGGUAUUCGAUUCGGAGGGGAAAGAGAUCCAAGUCGAACGUCGUGAAGAUGCUGAACAGAAUGCAAAGCAACAAGAAAUUUAUGAUAUUCUGGUGGCGGCUGGCUAUUUUCGAGCCAGAAUCAAAGGACUGUCCGCAUUCGAUAAAAUCGUCGGUGGAAUGACCUGGUGUAUUGAGGCGUCCGAUUUUGAUGUUGACGUCGAUUUGCUGUUCCAUGAGAAUUUGUCAAUUGGACAAAAGAUCGCAUUAACAGAAAAGAUCGUCACUGUCCUGCCGAAAAUGCAGUGUCCUUGUUUGAUUGAACCGCAUCAGAUCCAAGGUCUAGAUUUUAUAAAAAUAUUUCCCGUCAUUCAGUGGCUGGUGAAACGAUCGGUUGAGAAUCGUGCGGAACGAGCGGAAAAGCUGAAGCGAUUUGCGACCAGUCAAUUUCAAAACAAUUUCCAAUUCGAGUGUGACGUAAAGUCGAGGGACAUGUACGCCAAUUCGUCGCAAUGUGUUCGGCAAAUUUUAGGCAUUGAUGCGCCGAAACGGCAAUAUAAACGAAAGGAAGCCGGACCGGAUGAUGAGAAGACACGGGUUCGGAUAACUUUGCUGGAAUACGGUAAUAAGAGCUUGAUUGGUCCGUCAUUCGGUGUAACGGCAAUGAAAAAAAGUGAAAGUGAUGCGGUCGUGGAAGAUGAAUUUGCAGCGGAGAUUGAUGUUGCGCAGCUGCUUAAAAAUCUUUACGUUGCUAAUGAGGAUGAAUGUCUGAACCAUUCCGAUUUGACUGAGACUGAGAAAAACGCUCUCACCAAACACUAUGCAGAAUUGCGGAACGAAAUGUCCGCAGACGUAAAGCAAUUGUCGGAACGCAGUCAAAUCAAAAGUUUGGAAACAACCAAAGUGGCUCUGGAACGAAAAUUGCAGAAAAUUCAAGAGGAUAAUCGUGCCAUGGAGAAACGCUUGGCUGACGAAAAGCAUUCCGUAGAUUUGUUAGUUUCCGAAGGGAAAGAUAUCAAGGCUGAGAUACGAUCCUUUGAGGGUCAGGAUAAUAAAUGUGAUAAGGGGAUUCUGGACAACAUUCAAAAACUUGUCGUCAAAAAUGAGGAAUUGAAGCAAGCAGAAAUGGUAUUUAAGGAUCAGUGUCGCCAAGAAAUGGCUAGGAUACAGCGGGAAAUCAAAGAGGCCGAACAGGUGACACCGGAGGAGGAUAUCCGUGAAUCGUUACAGGUGCUGGAAAUGGAACGGGAAAAAUUGCAAACGAUUCGUUUACAACUGGCGAAAAAGAAUCGCGCGAUAGUCUCCAUCCAGAGGCAGUUGGAUAACAUUCCCAGUCGAACGGAAUUGUCACAGUAUCAACGACGAUUUCUCGAAUUGUAUAACCAAGUGAGUGCCAAACAUCGCGAAACAAAGCAAUUUUACACCAUGUACAACACACUGGAUGACACAAAGCGAUAUCUGACCAAAGAACUUUCGCUGCUCAAUUCCAUACACGAGAACUACAAUGACGGCAUGGCCAAUCCACAGUCGAAAGAGCAGUUUGUUGCCCAACUCGAAACCAUUGUCGACGGUGUCAAGCAGACGAAAAUCAAAGUGAAGAAUAAGUUCGAAGAUGAGAGGGCGAAACGGGAUGGACUCAACAGCCAAUUGAUGUGUUUGAUCGAACAGCAACGGAAGUAUGCGACAGUCGUUAAGCAAUUCACGAAUGAAUGCCAGCGCAAUGAGCAUAUGACACAGCAAUUGAAGGCGUUGCAAGUUUAAUGUUCUAGUAAACAACACACACGAUACACUCACACAAACCGAUUUCCCAGUAGAAUUAGACUGUAAAGUGAAAUUGAAUAGAAUGCUCUUUAGAAAGUA